UGGCUGCUGGUCAGAAUUUCAAAAGGAAGUCUCCUUUGGCAUUGCGUGAAAGAAAUAGGAGUGAUGACUCAUACAGUUGUACUCUUGGCCAGUAGAUAAAGUUCUUGUUCAUUGUGGGACUCCCAGCAGGGCUGUGGAGUAAUUUCCCCCUUGCAUCCUUCACAAUAGCAGAUGGCCAUUCUGGAAUUAUUCCCCCACUCCUGUUGAAGUUUCUCGUUUCUCCAUGACCACUGUAGAAACCUGCCUGGAAUUGGAACGCUACCUCCAGAGUGAACCCUGCUACGUCUCAGCCUCGGAAAUCAAAUUUGACAACCAGGAGGAUCUGUGGACCAAAAUCAUUCUGGCUCGGGAGAAAAAAGAGGAAUCCGAACUGAAGAUUUCUUCUAGUCCCCCAGAGGAGCCUCUGGUCAGCCCAAGCUUCAGUUACAACCUAGAGACCAACAGCCUGCACUCAGACGUCAGCAGCGAGUCAUCCGACAGCUCAGAGGAGCUCUCGCCCACUACCAAGUUUACCUCUGACCCCAUCUGCGAAGUGUUGGUUAAUUCAGGAAACCUGAGCUCCUCUGUCACCUCCACGCCUCCCUCUUCUCCAGAACUGAGCCGAGAGCCUUCUCACCUUUGGGGCUGUGUGCCCGGGGAGCUGCCCUCACCCUCGCCCUCGCCGGGGAAGGUGCGCAGCGGGACUUCUUCCGGGAAGCCAGGGGACAAGGGCAGUGGCGACACCUCCCCCGACGGCCGGAGGAGGGUGCACCGCUGCCACUUCAAUGGCUGCAGGAAAGUUUACACCAAAAGCUCCCACCUGAAAGCACACCAGCGCACACACACAGGAGAAAAGCCUUACAGAUGCUCAUGGGAAGGGUGUGAGUGGCGAUUUGCAAGAAGUGAUGAGUUAACCAGACACUUCCGGAAGCACACGGGUGCCAAGCCUUUUAAAUGCUCUCACUGUGACAGGUGUUUCUCCAGGUCUGACCACCUGGCCCUGCACAUGAAGAGGCACCUCUGAGGGAGCAGAGUGAAUCCAGUGGGCUAAAAGGCUUCCGGGCUGAGAGGCGGCCGUGGGAGGAGGAUGCGUGCUCCAGCCAAAGCAUGCCAUUUUGCACCCUACCCAGUUGCCUGCAGGGCCUCUCUCUGAAAGGCCUUUUGAGGGCUGACCAAAAGAAGCGGCUUUACCGCCUGUGGUGCGUGGUGUCGGGUGAUCCUGGACUCGCCACUGGUACCCGACCUUCUGAGAGGCGCCGAGCCCUCGCCGUGAGCAUGCGCACUGAGAGAGUCAAUGGUUGGGCUGACUGUAUGCUGAGGAUCUAUUACUGAUUGUAUGAUGCGGCAGGCUUUUCCCCUGUGGUAACAACUGCCAGACACGGGGGCAGAGCGGUUUGAAUGUGCUGUGUGCAAGGAGUGUGCCAUAGAUGAGACGACCACCAGUCAUUUCCUGGGAGGGUGUCUGCACCUUAGAAAAAUACAAAAACAAAACAAAACAAAAAACAGAAAAAAAAAAAAGGAGGGUGGGAGUGGGAACUCAGGACCCCAGAGAGGGAGUGCUGUGGGCAGGGGAGGCCCCCUGCGUGGGGAGCUUGUGGUGUCUGGUGCAGCUAUUAAACGUGCAAUGUGUCAAGUAGCUUGUUUUACUUGCUACAACAGAGCUCAUUUGUAACCCAUUGUAUAAGCUGUAUUUACAAAUAUAAUACAAUGAUAACUUUUCCUUAGAAUACAAGAAGUCAUGCAUGGUCUGGGGAACUCUAUGCUUUUCCAUUUUAGAAUCCGGACUGCAAUCUUGAUUGCGAUUAAGGAGCAGCUAAGAUACAAUCUGUCUAAUCCAGUAACCCCUGGCCAUCAGGGCCUGGCAAGACACAGUCCCCUCGUGUUUUGUAACACUCCCCUUCCGGAAAGGUGUUGUGCAGCAUAGGAUUAUUUUUAAAAUGAUUCCGAAUUUGAACUUACUUCUUGGAAGAAUUUUGUGAUGCCCUUUGAAGAAACUGGACAUGGGUCCAGAGCCCAGACACUGGGGCUGGAAAUUGCUGGUCUAAUGUUACGUUAGGCUGAGAAGGAACCUAAAAUUUUUCACAGUUGGGUGAAUAAAACCACUAAAGCUUAGAAACUGUUUUUCUCAUGCAGCUAUGUUUCUCUUAUUUAUGCCUUGAGGACUAAUUUCUGGUUUUCUAGCUGUUAAUGCACUGUUGACCUUCAUAAUGGUGCCUUAUGCAGGUGACCCCCAUGCAGGGGUCUCAUACAGGGGUUUGGGUGGUGCAUGCUUUAUUAAGGCUCUUUUUUCACCUGGCAUUGUACUGUAUCAAUGUAUAAUUCAGAAAAAAAAGAAAAGAAAAAAACCUCUUUAAGGUCCUCUUUCACAAAGAAAUAGAUGAAAACUCCCUCGACAUGUUGGUAUUUGUUCAAUAUUUUAUUAGACAACUUGACUGUCAGUGUUAAAAUGGGGAAAAAAACCUACAUGGUAAUUGAAAAAAAUCUGACCAAUUCUGCCACCGUGAGACUUCAUAUAGACCUUGCACAACAAUUGUAUAGCUCACACACCGGCUGUAUUUAAUAUGUAACAUUUUCACACAUAUUAAAGAUGCAGAAGUAUUAAAAUCCCAAUGUCAAUGUAUUUGCUUAAAAGGCACAAGUUUCACAUAUUAUCUAGCUAUCUGUUGGUAAUACAGAAAGGAUACUACUUUUUGUAAGAAGUGGGCAGAAUUCUUGUGUAUGUAUAUUUGUGUGUAUAGUAUGUGUAUGUGUAUAUAUAUUAUAUAUAUAGAUAAUAUAUAAAUAUUUUUUUUAAGGAGAAACUAGAAUGUUUAGCUAGAAAAUUCUACAGCCUGUGAAGUAUUUCAAAAUGGCCAUAAAGGAGGUAAAAAUGCAAAGUAUAACCUAAGUUUUGUGGAGGCUUUAUCUUUGAUUUAAUGAGUUGCUGGAGAGCAUCCUGGCGCCGAGUCCCUUGCAGACUGCGACUCUGUCCUCAUCCUUGUGGGCGGGUGUGGGAUGGGUACUCUGGCCACUCAGAAGUGCGUGGACAGAGUCCUGACACACCACGGCUUGGAUUUGAAUGUCAGCCUUAUUAGAAGACCUAGCCUAAGAGUAAGCUAAUCACAGGGAUUCUUUUUUAGAUACUUUUUAUGCAGAUAAAGCUAUUUUUUCCAGCAUGUAAAUUCUUCCAGUUUUUCCAAGGAAUGGUUUCCCCCAGUUGGCCUACCACCCAGCAUGGGAAGCUGGUAUUUCACCCGGCAUUCAGCUGCUGGCUGUGGGUGUGGAUCACGCGCGUACACACACACGUAUGCCUGUGUGUUCCGAUACGAGUCUGGCUGAGCUGGUGUUUUGUUUGAUCUUCCUGGAAAUGAGCAGUGAUUAAAGCUCACAAAACUGGUUUUCUUAAAUCUGAGCUGAUGAAAAAAUGCACUUUCUGUUUGGCAGUUCAGAAUCCACGCACCUGAUUUGCUGGAUUUUGGAAAACCCCUUUUUGGCCCUGCUGUGUGCUUAGCCAUAACAAUUCCAUGAAGCAAGAAGGUAAACAAAAGACAAAAAAACUUGCGCUGGCUUGUCUCGCUUACGAAACACCGUGGACGUUUGCCUGGGUGGGGUGGGUGCCCCAUAUGUCAAUGCCUGUAAUUUUCAUAAUAAGCAAGUACAUAAAGAAGUACAUUCUGUUCAGGUGAUAACUGAGCCUCAAUCAAGCAGAAUCUUUUUGCUUGAAAUUAAAAAAAAAUUUCUAUUAGUGAAAUUUCUUUUCUCUUUUUUUUUUUUUGGAAGCACCCUGUUAUCUAAAGAAUCUUUGUAAGAUUUUUGUAAAAUUUUGUUUUACAAGAUUUUAUUUGAAAUUGUUUUUUGCAAGAUUGUUAUAUUUCUGUAUGAAUGUAUUUUUUAUUGGAAUAACAUAAAAGAAUUCUUAUCAGCG